UUAUGCAUGUUUGUAUCUCUUCUUUUUUUAGACAAGAUGUGAAAUGGAGAAGUAUCUGACACCUCAGCUUCCUCCAGUUUCUAUAAUUCCAGAGCAUAAAAAGUAUAGACGAGACAGUGCCUCAGUCGUAGACCAGUUCUUCACUGACAGUGAAGGGUUACCUUACAGUAUCAACAUGAACGUCUUCCUCCCUGACAUCACUCACCUGAGAACUGGCCUCUACAAAUCCCAGAGACCGUGCGUAACACACAUCAAGACAGAACCUGUUACCAUUUUCAGCCACCAGAGUGAAACGACUGCCCCUCCUCCGGCCCCGACCCAGGCCCUCCCUGAGUUCACCAGUAUAUUCAGCUCCCACCAGACCGCAGCUCCAGAGGUGAACAAUAUUUUCAUCAAACAAGAACUUCCUACACCAGAUCUUCAUCUUUCUGUCCCUCCCCAGCAGGGCCACCUGUACCAGCUACUGAAUACACCGGAUCUAGAUAUGCCCAGUUCUACAAACCAGACAGCAGUAAUGGACACUCUUAAUGUUUCUAUGUCAGCUGCCAUGGCCGGCCUUAACACACACACCUCUGCCGUUCCGCAGACUGCAAUGAAACAGUUCCAGGGCAUGCCCCCUUGCACAUACACAAUACCAAGUCAGUUUCUGCCACAGCAGGCCACUUACUUUCCCCCGUCACCACCAAGCUCAGAGCCGGGAAGUCCAGAUAGACAAGCAGAGAUGCUCCAGAAUUUGACCCCACCUCCAUCCUAUGCUGCUACAAUUGCUUCUAAACUGGCAAUUCACAAUCCAAAUUUACCUGCCACCCUGCCAGUUAAUUCGCAAAGCAUCCAACCUGUCAGAUACAAUAGAAGGAGUAACCCCGAUUUGGAGAAACGUCGCAUCCACUACUGCGAUUACCCUGGCUGCACAAAAGUUUAUACAAAGUCUUCUCAUUUAAAAGCUCACCUGAGGACUCAUACUGGUGAGAAGCCGUACAAGUGCACCUGGGAGGGCUGUGACUGGAGGUUCGCGCGCUCGGACGAGCUGACCCGCCACUACCGGAAGCACACGGGGGCCAAGCCAUUCCAGUGCGGGGUGUGCAACCGCAGCUUCUCCCGCUCCGACCACCUGGCCCUGCACAUGAAGAGGCACCAGAACUGAGAGCCCCGCCGCGGCCUGCCGUGCCUAUGCAAUUCACACUGACCGCCUGCAGUUCCUUUGGCAAUGGCAAAGUUUUCAACUACAAACUUAACCUAUAUAUAUAUAUAUAUAUAAAAAAAAACAAAAAAAAAACUGGAAAUGUAUAUUUUGUAUAUUUGAGAAAACAGGGAAUACAUUGUAUGAAUACCAAAGUGUUUGGUCCUUUUGAGACUCUGGAAUGCUUGCUGUAAUGUAUAUGGCUUUACUCAAGCAGAUUUCAUCUCCUGACAGGCAGCCACAUCUCAGUGUGGGUAGGGGGGUGGGGGUGCAGGGUGUGUUCGCAGUGUUUCUACCUAAGCACCAUCAUUUAACGUGACAGUGUUUAGUAAACAAGUCAGUUGGCAGGCACAGGAAGAAGGCUGGAUUGUAUGUCAAGAUUUUACUUGACAUGGAGUAGGUUUUGUUUUUUGUUUUUUUUUCAAUAUUAGAUAAUUCCUUAGAGGUGCGCAGUGUACCUGGCCAUUCACAAAUAGCCAUUGAACAAAUGUGUUUUUUUGUUUGUUUUUAUAUGAGUUGCCUGUAUUUGCUAUUCAAAAUUUUGUAAAUACGCAGAUCAGCUUUAUAGGUUUAUUACAAGUUUUCUAAGAUUCUUUUGGGGGAAAAUCAUAAAUAAUUCUGUUUGAAAAUAACCGUGAAUACCUUUACAGUUAGAAUUUGUGGUAAAAUACCUCUUCAAACCUCACCAAAUUCAUUUCUUUAGGAGGAAGAAAUCAUUCAAAUGAAACUUAAAAAGCAGAUUCCAUGCACUGAUUAAAAUAGGAUUGUUUUAAAUAUGAAAGACGUUUUAUAUGAAUUGUGAACUCAAGAGCUUAAAGAUACCAUACGUAAAAGUUAAACCGCUAACAAUAAGCUAAACAGUAUCAUUUUAAAAAAGGACAACUUGAGCUCUCACGUGGCAGUGUUGAAUUUAUGAUGCAGUUUUCAGAUACCGAAAUGUUUGCUCGUGCAGUACUGUUGGUUGAACGACAAUUUAUAUGGAUUUUGCAUGUAAUAUACAGUGAGACACAGUAAUUUUACCUAAAUUACAGUGCAGUUUAGUUAAUCAUUGUUAAUACUGACUCAGUGUCUGCCUUUAAUUAUAAAUGACAUGUUGAAAGCAUAAGGAAGCAAGUGCUACGUAUAUGCAAUGUAAUAGUAAUGUGACGCUGAUGCUGUUAACCAAAGGGCAGAAUAAACAAGCAAAAUGCCAAAAGGGGUCUUAAUUGAAAAUGAAAAUUUAAGUUUGUUUUUAAAAUAUUGUUUAUCUUUAUUUAUUUUGUGGUAAUAUAGUAAGUUUUUUUAGAAAAUUUUCAUAACUUGAUAAAUUAUAGUUUUGUUUGUUAGAAAAGUUGCUCUUAAAACGUGUAAAUAGAUGACAAACGGUGUAAAUAUUUUGUAAGGCUUCAAAAUGUUUAUACGUGGAAACAUGCCUACAUACAAAGCAUAAAUUGGUUGCUGUUUUGCUUCUUUUCCCCUCUUAUUUUUGUAUUGUGGUCAUUUCCUAUGCAAAUAAUGGAGCAAACAGCUGUAUAGUUGUAGAAUUUUUUGAGAGAAUGAGAUGUUUAUAUAUUAACGACAAUUUUUUUUGGAAAAUAAAAAGUGCCUAAAAGA